UGCAUUUGUCAUUAUAGCUAAAAUCAAGUUGUUAGUCAAACAUAUUUUUUGUUAAAGAAAAGUGAAUAGAUUUUUUAAGUUAAAAUAAAAUCUAUAUAUAUAUAUUUCAAUUGUUUUAAAGUGUAUCCAUAGUAAGCAAUUGUGUUUUAUAUCAAGUAUAAACAAUUAAAUAAACCCACCAAAGAAAAAGACUUGGAGCAACAAUGGUGAAACUUUUCUCGUUAAGUGUUUUUUACAAGAGUUCAUCGGAAGCCCGUCUCCUUAAAUCAGCCUUUGAUUUGCAGUCAUUUUCAUUUUUUCAACGUGGUACAGUACAAGAAUUUAUGACGUUUGCAUCAAAAACGAUUGUGGAACGUACACAACCAGCUAUGCGCCAAUCAGUGAAACAAGAAGCCUAUAUGUGUCAUGUUUAUGUACGUUCCGACAAUUUAGCUGGUGUAUUAAUAGCUGAUCAUGAAUAUCCACAACGUGUUGCACACACACUCAUUACUAAAAUAUUAGAUGAAUUUGCUGCAAAAGUGCCAUUAGAAAACUGGGAGACUGCUACAGACUCUACAAUUGAUUUCGGUAUAUUGCCAACAUAUUUGGCUAAAUAUCAGGAUCCGAAAGAAGCAGAUGGAUUAACUAAAAUUCAAAAUGAUUUAGACGAGACUACGAUCAUACUUAAAAACACAAUUCAGGCUGUUUUGGAACGUGGUGAAAAACUAGAUGACAUGGUUGUUAAAUCUGAAAACUUAUCACUACAGAGUAAGGCAUUUUAUAAAACAGCGAAAAAGACAAAUUCAUGUUGCAGUUUUAGUUAAAAUGUUUAUUUAAAUACGUAUUGCGUUUAAGAAAGUAAUUUUUUUUUUUGGAAAUCUAUUACUUAAGUUAGAUAAUUAUAUUCGAUAAAUACUAAUUAAAGUAAUGAAGUACUAUUGCUGUUAAGCAAGGUUAUUUGAAA